CUCUCUCUCUUCAUCUCCAAGCUUCGACAGCAUUAGCAGAGAAGGAUAUAUGGCUUCUGCCACCACCGCCAUGACUUCUACUCUGCAAUUACCGCCUAAUCCCGUGAAGCUUACGAGGAAGCAGGCUUCUGCGACCACCACGAGAGUGCACUGCUCUGCCUCCUCCAACUCGCUGCUUAAUUUGGCCACCAACGCUACCCCGGCGUACUUCCCGAUACCUUUUCACAAAGAGGCCACGACUUCCGUCGCGAGCAAGUCCCGUCGGCCCGCGCAAAGCGGCGGGGACGACGGCGCAGCGAGGACCUCGUGGAACUUGCUCCAGUGGGUUGCCGCCGCGGCGCUGGACACCGUCGAGCAGGCGUUCGUGUCGAACGUGCUUGAGCGUGGUCACCCUUUGCCGAAGACUGCUGACCCCGCCGUCCAGAUCGCCGGAAAUUUUGCCCCCGUCGACGAGCGGCCGCCUUGUCAUGGCCUCCUUGUCGAAGGCCGCAUCCCGGUGUCAAUCGAUGGGGUGUACGUUCGCAACGGAGCGAAUCCCCAGUUUGAACCGGUGGCCGGGCACCACUUCUUCGACGGCGACGGCAUGGUGCACGCCGUCCGCCUCUGCAACGGCGCCGCCGCUUAUUCCUGCCGGUACACUGAAACGGAGCGGCUCCGGCAGGAGCGCGCCAUCGGGAAGCCCGUCUUCCCCAAGGCGAUAGGCGAGCUCCACGGCCACUCGGGCGUGGCGCGCCUGCUGCUGUUCUACGCGCGGAGCCUGUUCGGCCUCGUCGACGGCAGCCGCGGGAUGGGCGUCGCCAACGCCGGCCUCGUGUACUUCAACGACCGCCUCCUCGCCAUGUCCGAGGACGACGUCCCCUACCACGUCCGCAUCACUCCCUCCGGCGAUCUCGAGACGGUCGAACGGUACGACUUCGGCGGCCAGCUUGGGUCAUCCAUGAUUGCGCACCCGAAGCUCGACCCGGUCUCGCGAGAGCUCUUCGCGCUCAGCUACGACGUCAUCCACAGGCCUUACCUCAAGUACUUCUACUUCUCCCCCGACGGAGAGAAGUCCGCCGACGUGGAGAUCCCCCUGGAGCAGCCCACCAUGACGCACGACUUCGCCAUCACCGAGAACUACGUGGUGGUGCCGGACCAACAGGUGGUGUUCAAACUGCAGGAGAUGGUCCGGGGUGGCUCUCCCGUCGUCUACGACACGACCAAGACCGCCCGCUUCGGCGUGCUGCCCAAGUACGCUGCCGACGCAUCCGAGAUGAGGUGGGUCGACGUGCCCGACUGCUUCUGCUUCCACCUGUGGAACGCGUGGGAGGAGCCGGCGACCGGCGAGGUGGUGGUGAUAGGCUCCUGCAUGACGCCGCCGGACUCCGUGUUCAACGAACGCGAGGAGAACCUCAGGAGCGUCCUCUCCGAGAUCCGGCUCGAUCUCCACACCGGGGAGUCCAGACGGCGCCCGAUUCUGUCCCCGGCCGACCAAGUCAACCUCGAAGCCGGAACGGUGAACCGGAACAUGAUGGGGAGGAAGACACGGCAUGCCUACCUGGCCGUCGCCGAGCCAUGGCCGAAGGUGUCCGGCUUCACCAAGAUCGACCUGUUCACGGGAGAGACAAAGCAGUUCAUCUUCGGCGACGGGCGGUACGGCGGCGAGCCCUACUUCGUGCCGAGCAACGACUCCGACGCAUGCAGCGACGACGACGGCUACGUGCUCACCUUCAUGCACGACGAGGAGACAUUGGAGUCGGAGCUGCUGAUCGUGAACGCGGCCAACAUGCGGCUGGAGGCCACGGUGAAGCUGCCGUCGCGCGUUCCCUACGGCUUCCACGGCACCUUCAUCACCUCAAGCGACUUGGAGUCACAGGCCUAGCAAGCGCACUUCUUCUUCUUCUUCUUCUUCUUCUUCUUUAUCCCCGCCCACGGUUGGUGGAAGAUAUCUCUUCCCUCCCCUGCUGUUGCUUCUUCACAUACAUAUUUGAUGUACUUUCAGUUAGUGGUAGAUAAGACAUGAAAGAGAGAGAGAGAGAGAGAGAGAGAGAGAGAGAGAGGGAAGAGAGAAGCUCGGAGCUUGAGACUGUCGGUAUAGUGUCAAGCUCAGCUGGUUUCUUCUGUCAUCGACUUGUCUUUACCUUUUCUCCUUCGCAGACAACAGCAAACAUACACCACUCGACCUGCUACCAUAAUUCCCCACACCAACAUGCCCUUGUCCACCGUGUGAGGGAUUCAUACGUUGAUAUGUUUCCUCUGUUUUGGAUGCUGUACUGGAUGUAUGCAUGAGUGUCUACCGUUCCUGCACGCAAUCCAUUUCCUUUCUCUUACCUUCGCGAAUGGAAAAGGACUCCGAGGAAGAGAACAGAAAACAACUGUUGCCUCCAUGGCAACAACGGCGAGGCCAGCAGUGAGGAUGGCAUGGAGCUCUCUCUCUCUCUCUCU